UCUCUAUUUACGCAUGCGCAUGACAAGGGUCAGGCGUUCGAAUCGAUGACCGAUACAAAUCUACUACGCCCUACUGGCUCACUCUUACAAUGGCAGACAAAUUAAAUACUCAGAAAAGCGUCAAAAUAGCCGCUGGGGCUGUAGUUUGUGUUGAAAGUGAAAUCAGAGGAGAUGUGACGAUUGGUCCCAGAACUGUUGUCCAUCCCAAAGCCCGAAUCAUCGCAGAGGCAGGACCCAUAGUGAUCGGAGAGGGCAACCUGAUCGAAGAGCAAGCCCUGAUCAUUAACAGUUACCCAGAAAACAUCAUGCCAGAUUCUGAGAUGGAACCAAAGACGAUGACCAUCGGGAUCAACAAUGUGUUUGAAGUUGGCUGCGUAUCACAAGCCUUAAAAAUCGGUGACAACAACGUGAUCGAAUCUAAAGCUGACGUCGGGAGGAACGUGAUCCUCACCAGUGGCUGCAUCAUCGGAGCCUUCUGUCAGGUCAACACUUGUGAGGUCAUACCUGAGAACACGGUCAUCUACGGCUCUGGAUGCAUGAGGCGGGUUCAGACGGAGCGACCUCAGCCCCAGACUCUUCAGCUGGAUUUUCUGAUGAAGAUUUUACCCAACUACCACCACUUAAAGAAAACGGUUAAAGCAGGCCAGACGAGCUAGAAGUGGCCGCUGCACGUCCAGAAGGUUGAACUGUCGGGGACUAGAGGAAAUCACGCAAACUGUAUAUAGGUCGCAGUCAUGUUUUGUGCUGUUAAACUAAACGGGACGUUUGUCCUUCCGCACGCCGCUGUGUGACGCGCUCUUUCAUAGAAAUAAACAAUUUACAGC